CCUCUCUCUCUCGCUCUUAAAAAAAAAAAGUUAAGAGUAUGCAGGUGGCCUUAGGUGCUCCCUUUCAAAUAUUGAUGUUUCUUCAGAUGUGACUUAAACACACUGCUUGUGCAGGAUCUGCCUGAGCCUUUCCGCAAGGCCCAUGGGCCCUGAGGGACAGAGGAACUCCUGGGAAAAUGACGUUCGUGUUUCCUGCUGUGCUGGCAACAGAGUCCCUGGGACGGACCAACCCCGAUGGACCCCACCAGGCUCUCGAUGGAACAGGGGAAAGAAUUCUUAAAGCAGCUUGGGAUUCCACAGAGAGACCUUGACUUGAUGACAGAGAAAUGGGUCGUCGUUGCCGCCCUGGAGGUAAUGCUGCGGUUUCCCCUGAUGCCGGGAGAGGACCCUAGUGCGCGCUGUGUCUCCAGCAGGACACGUCAGCCUUCAGGGGCCCGGCCUCCCACAGCUGUGCGGAGACACGAAGACCAAGAGGAGAGAGAAUCCAACAAUCCGUCCCUGAGGGAGAAAGACCAGAAGCCCGAGGGUCUGGCAGGGGAUUGCAUAUACCAGCGGCCCCCAAGACCCCCUAUUGCUCAGAACAUGAAGAAGCUACAGAGGGGACCAGUGGGGCAAAGGAAUCCCUCCCCAGAAGAGGUGUAUACCAGGGUGAAGUGCAAGAACUGUGGGGCCUUCAGGCACCUGGCCAGCAGCAGGAGGUGCCCCGUGAAGUGCUGGGCGUGGUGCCUUGCCCCCCAGCCCUUGGGCUCCAGUAAGAAUGAAAACUUGGAACCCAAGAGGCCUCAGGACUUACAGAUCCCAGGGUCCUUCCACAGGACGGACAGCAGGAGGGAACCAAGACAGAGGUGCAGAAUCACAGGGCCAGGAGAGCAGAAGAGGGAGGCUCGGCCACUGAGACCACCCGUCAGACGGCCACAGAAGCAGCAGAGCUCCGGGAAGGAGCCCACGGACGUGGGUGCCCACCUGAGGCGCCCCACCAGGCCACUGCCCGUCCAAACAAAUACUAAGCCAUCUGUCCUGGGCCCCGUCCCCACAGGUCAGCCACCAGUCAUGACACCUGACAUGCGGUCUACACUGCCUCUCAGUAAAGCCCCGGAAGUGCAUGCUUGUGAACCAGCCCAAAGGUGUGGGGUGGACUUGCCCUGCCAAGCUCUAAAAAGCUCCUGCCAGGACCCGCCUCUCAUUGCCAAGUUGACAGCCAGCAGGCCUGACGUUGUCUCCCCUGAUGUUCCCCAGCCUGCCAGGAAGACACUGGCCCAGACAGAAGCCAAGCAUCCUCCCGUGGCCUCGAGGCCCCACCCGCAGCCUAUCGUGGGAAGAUGUGGCCAGAACGCCAAACUCGGCAUCCAGGCGCCGGGUAAGACGUCUCCUCAGGUCGCUCUCCAGACUUGCCAGAACCCUCCAAAGAAAGCAAGAUUCGGCCUCUUCUAAACCCCCAAGCUGAGUUCCCGGUGACCUGGUCUGGGGGCUGUCCGGGCUCUUCAGCUUCUCCGCAGUACACUUCUCUUGGAUCCAAACAGAUACCCCAAGUGACCGGGAAGACACCAGCCCAGAUGCCCAGCUUUGACCCCCAAGCCCCACCCAACUCACCUGGUCUGAGCCCUGUCCAGGCUUGUGCCGGCCCUAACCUCCACCACCCAGGCAUGUUCCAGGCCAGUGGGGGCAAGGAUGGGACAUGAGAUGGGGCAAGGGAUGGCGGAGCUCCAGGUUUUCAACUGCUCCUGUGUCCCUCCAGAGAAGUCUACACCUGCUGGUCAGAGCCCUCACAUCUUAGAGGCGUCAGAAAGACAGGGUCCCAGGGUCCCAGUGAGAGGAUCUUCUCUUCCCCCACUGAGGAGAAUGCCUGAGGGUGGCCCCGUGGAGAGAAGACUGGGCAUCCGGUGUCCCUUCACUGGAAGUGGCUAAAAGACAGGAAAAGAGGCAGGAGCACCUCUUUUCUGUGUCCUGUGAGUCAGGCACCUGUGGAGGUGACACUGGGGGUCACCAGGCAGACACCGCCUUUAAAUUUUGUGCCUUUAAGUUGUA